AUGGUGCAAGGUCAAUCGCGAGUUAAGAAGGUUUGCAACCACUGGCGCGCGUCUUGUCACGUAAACAUUACUCUCCGUAAAGAAAGAGAGGAUAGACUAUGGGGAUACUGCUAUUGUGAUUCACUUUGUAAAACGCUCGGUGAUUGUUGCGUGGAUUUUGACGAGUGGUAGGUUUCUGUCUUUUUCCGCAAAUCCAAUAUCCUUAAUAACUUACAAAAAACCGAAUUACAGGAUAAUUUGAUUGCAAGGCAUUUUUUCCUUAAAAUUAAUUAUUGUAGUCUAGUCGCCUCGAUUUAUUAGCUUAGUAACUAAAAUAUAAAUCUUUGAUCAAUCUAACGGUGGAACAUCCAAAUUGGCCUGUGUCUCCUGUGCCAAUCAGGUGGAUGGUUAGUUUACGACGAACCAUAUAUGGUGGAGAAGCGUUAAAUUCUAGGAGUUCAGCGAGCCAUUGUGGAUUGUAUGGAAUUCGAUUCUGUACCUCAUUUGGGAGUCAACAAAUCGUCAAGUGUCGGGUUUUCGAAAAAAUGCUUGUACGUUUGUAGUAGGAUUAGUAAAUUCAAUAUUCACCGCACAUGAAAAGCCUCUGGCACUUAGAGUAGAAUAUGUUUGAAUUGUUACCUAAUGGACCGUUUAAUUUUUAAUUGAAUCCUCUCCCUCUACCUACUAUAAUUCCUGCUGUAUGUUUUAUUGCUGACUGGUGUUUCUUCUUAGUGAUGUCUUAUUUCUUUCAGGUUUGUUCCUGGUCAAGCAAGUGCUAGACAUCCAUCGAUGUUUUUAUCUUGUCGAAGACUGCCAUCAAAUGAAAAGAACGAAGUACGUGGUUUCGUUAUGAUCGCUAGAUGUCCGUUGUCCUGGAAAGGUACUGAAACUGCGCAGGCGUGUAUGUCUACUAAUUAUUCGUCUGAUCUUCUUUUCGCUUUGCCAGUGGUAGACAUAAUGACGAAUGUGACGUAUGCCAACAUCUACUGCGCCAUGUGCCAUAACAAGACUUACGACAUUUUCUUUUGGAGUCUCUUUAUCGUAAAUAAACAAAGCAGUUUACCAUCUUUGCAAGAGUUUAAUCCUGAUUCAACAAUCUGGGAAGCCAGGCCAGUCGGAGAUGUAAAAAAAUGUAUCGCAACGCCAGCAGAAACCUUUAGAAGACCUGAAACCGAGGAGAGACACGUUUGCAAUUUAUACGCCAAUAGUAUUUCCGUACAUAGGCCAACACAACCUCCAAAACUCUUUAAAAAUGCACACUGUGCAAUUCUAGAAAAGUUCAAUUUAUCUGAUGGGACAUUAAACUGCGGAAUUAAUCUCCAUGGGCGUUUUCCUCCGACACUGAAGUCGGCGUUGUUCGUGUUUUCCACUAACGCAAAACCAGAGGCUGUAUGGAAAAAGGGAAACAAUGUUUUCUUCGUUAACUACAGUUGUCAGAUAGGAGAAUUUUAUGAUCCUUUUAAACGAAGAUGUCUUCCAGUCCACUACGAUACCAACUUAACAAAAACAACAAAACACAAACAGUGUUAUGGUCUUCCGUUUCGACCAGCCGAGUUCACUGUUUUGAAUAACAAUUCUGUUUUCAUUUUUUCUCUCAAAAAGAUUUACGACAACGACAGCUACAUUUUGGCAAACAGGUCUUUAGUCCUUUGCUUAAACAUUCCACGUCUCUACAUGUUCACUAAACCUCCAAAAACAACAAUACACAUCAAGAACAGCAAAAAACAAGCAAACAACAAUAAGCCUCAAGAUGAAGGAUUCGCGCUUCGUAUCAUCACUUAUGUGGGUUUUUCGCUGUCAUUUCUCUCUCUUCUGUUUUUGUUACUGACGUAUUUCAUGUUUGCAGAGCUUCGGACCUAUCCCAGUAAAAUGGUGAUGCAUCUAUCUGUGGCCAUGAUAGCCAUGAAAUCCGUUUACUUUGCUGCAGACCCAGAUGUUGUCUCUUCUACAGUUUGUGCUGUGAUGGGUUCGCUGUUGCAUUACUUUAUCUUGGUAGUAUUUCUGUGGAUGAGCGUUAUCGCCCACAACGCUCAGCAAACGUUUUCAAACUUGAGUGAGUAGGACUUAAUAUGUACAUGUUUAAUUAAAUCAAUUUAAUACCCACUGGGGCUCUUUUUUAGACCAAAAACUGAAUUUUUUAAAGGGAAAUGAACCAAAACCAAUCGUUAUUCAAUACAACACAUUGUGAUUCACGAGUAUAAUUAACAUCUUUUAAAGUCUUGAAAAUCGUUAAGUGAAGAUGUCAGAUAAUUGGAAUGAAAAAAAAGAUUGAAAAUUUACGAAUUUCGUAUAUUUCUUCCCUUGCAAAAUUCCCGGUUACAGUUGUCAUUGCAAGAAUCACUUGUGGAUGAGUUUAUGGUCAGAGCGGAAAAAAAGUGGGGAUCAUGCGUCUCGAGGGCGGGAUCUUUUUAGGGUUGAUUUGGGGAUCAUCCCAGGUCUUGGGAUCAUUUUGGGGCCGGGAUCAUUUCAGUGCAAUACCAAUAAUUCAGCACUCAGGACUACACACUACCAACUCUGCGAUAUGGUCAGUACCUUACACAUGCGCACAGCCAUAUCACUGCUGAUGAGUGCUAGUGAGGACGAAGCCGCUGUCCGUGGCUGUCACUGCCCGGGUGCGCAUGAGUAAGGUACUGGCCAUACUGCGGAGUUGGUAGUGUGUGUUUAAUUUUAGUGCUGAAAUUGGUAGUACAGAACCUCAGUCACGGCGCAAAUGAGUGUGUGAGGAAAUGCACCUGUUACUAGGGAGCAUGAAAGCCAUGUUACUUAACGUUGCCUUUCUAAUUUUAUUUCAUAAAGCUUUGGACAACAGAAACCCUUUGGUGAUAGCUGGAAAGAGGAGGGCAUACAUCCGUUACAGCAUAUUCUGUUGGGUGAUGCCAGUCAUUAUCGUUACAGUAUGUGUGCUUCUGCAGCUGACAACUACUGGGAAUGCUACAUACGGUGAAAAUAACUUUUUGUCAUCUCUCUUAACCAAUAUAAUUUGGCCGUUCAUGACUUCAUUGAAAUCUCCACGAGAUGGUGAAUAAAUCCGAAAAAUGCACAAACACAUUUUUUAGCCUCUGUUGGGACGACUUUAAUACUCAGGGGGAAUUUGAAACAUUACUUAUACAAACUAUUGGGGGAAAACAUCGGUUUAUUUUGGGCAAUGAGAAAGCGGUGAAUGCUUGCGAAAUACUUGUACAAGCAAGAAGGCUAAAAGUUUAUCAUUAAAGGCAGUUGGCAAGAGGAUAUGAUGGUUUUUAAUAAUUCGUUUGGGUUUUGGUCAGGUUCCUGUUCUGUGGAGCACAAAUUUCCAACUAUCCAACUCUCUUCUAGCAUGCACUAGACAGUUUUAUAAACUCUCAUUUGGGUGCAGCGUGCGCUGCGUCGUUUGCCCAUCACUUUCAAAACUAACGAACCAGGUGUUACAAGCACCAAAUACACUAACAACUGAUAGGGUCUGGCGUGCCAAUGCAACCAUAAAGGGGAAAGUGCCUUGCGUAAUGCGAUUGACUGUCCUUUUGGAAAGGUCACUUUGUUCUUCAGAAGCUGUUGAUUUAUUUUAAUGACUUUAAUUAACGUCAUAAUAAAGGUGACGACGUGAUUUAACCUGUACAAGGAAGCUGCAUCACCUGGACGAUUGGUAAUAGUUGACGAAAAUCAAUAUUAAGAAAGUAAUUUUUAAUCCUGCAGGAAACGAAGAUGGCUGUCAACUGUCUCUUCCUGCUCGAACCUACGCAAUUACGAUUCCCGUUUCGGCCUCAAUUCUUUUCAACAUCGUUGCUCUGAUCCGCACCGCCAUUGCUUUGAAAUAG